AUGCAUUCUACUGCCAACAGUCUCUCCAGUGGGAGUUCGCCAUGUUCGAAGGCCUUUCUCAAAGCUGCAUGUGAACAGGCAGCAAAGACACGCCGAUACUCAUCAGAAGCUACUCGGGCAGAGAUCGUCCAGCAAUUUCGACGCGUUUUCGACGAUCUGGAGCUGUAUGACUGGCAGGUCGAUGUCACGGAGGCCUUGUUGCUUGGAAUGGACUGCACGGUGAUCGGUGGUACGGGUGCGGGAAAGACCAUGCCAUUUGUCAUGCCUCUGCUCUUGGACCAGACGAAGAAGAAGAUGGUUUUGAUCAUCUCCCCUUUGAAUGAGCUGGAGUAUGAUCAGGAGGCACGCUUUGUGAAGCUCGGCAUCACUGCAACCGCUGUUAACGGAGAUGUCUACGACAAGCGGCUCCACAAGGUGUGUGGUUUUUGUGCUCUACUACACAGGUAUUCUUAA